AUGUCCUCCCUCAGCCACAUCGCCCUCCUGCCUCCGCCGCAAGGCGCACAGUUCCCCGUGCCAGACCUUUCGCCCAGCUUCUCCCCAUCCCGAUCCAGCGCUCCGAACAAACGGAGGCGGACUGAAAGCUUCUCCAGCAGCAUCCUUUCGAGCACCUCCGGUUUCUCUGCGAAUUUCAAGAAGGACAUGUUACGCAGCGGGCCAAACUGCUGGCACUGCGGAGCUUCGCCGGUGGGUGCCUGUUACGUCGUCGGGAGGAAAGACCGUUCUUUCGAGAGACUCAAGCGGCAAGGCUUGAUCACGUUCGAUGACCUCGGCGACGUCGACAACGGAAUCCACCUGUCACUCUGCCACGUAAACUGCGCUGAUGUCAACUCCCCUAGCUUCACCUUCUUCCCAUCCGACCUACACUUCUUCAUCGAUUUCGAGACCCAACACUACCAGAGGCGCGAGAGGGAGGCGCGCGUGGAUCGCCCUCCCAGCCAGGCUCUGUCCGACCGCGCAGGCAUACAAGGAUCACCAAGUCGGCAUGGAGGCUACGGAUAA